AUGACUACUGAAAAGAAAUCAAAAUUGAAAAUCAAAUCAGUUAAAGAGAAAGAAAAGCAGCCAACAGUUAAAGUAAGUCAACCUCCAGACGAUGAACAAUAUGAUAAUAUCAAAAUACCACCCGAUGGUGGUUAUGGUUGGGUUGUCCUUAUUGCCUGUUUUCUAAUUAACAUGAUUAUUGAUGGAUUUCUGUAUGCGUUUGGAGCAAUUUCCGAUGAUCUGAAAUCGCAUCACAAAUGUCAAGAAUGGGCCGUGUCUCUUGUCAUUUCGAUUGCAUGUAGCUGCUAUUUACUAAGCGCACCUCUUGCUUCUGCUCUAUGUAAUAAAUGGGGCUGUCGACCAAUAGGUAUGAUUGGUGGACUAAUUGCAGCUGUGUCUGUUGCAGCAUCUGUUUUUGCACCGAAUAUUCAACUCAUGUGGUUAUUAUUUGGUUUCAUUGGUGGAAUUGGUAUGGGUCUCGUUUAUUUACCAAGUAUUGUCAUGGUUGGAUAUUAUUUCGAUGAAAAACGUGCUAUCGCGACUGGCAUUGUAACUGCUGGUACUGGGAUUGGUUCGAUCACAUUCGGACCUUUAUCACGUUUUUUAUUCGAUCGGUUCGGUUGGAAACAUGGUCUUCUUAUUCUAGCUGCUAUUCUCUUGAAUUGUGUAAUUUGUUGCAUAUUUAUGCAGCCACUUAAAGCGGUUCGUAAGCGACGUAUUUUACAGCCUAUCGAGUUGUCUGACGUUGCUAAUGUAGCUAAUCCAACAGUAACAUCUCCUUUGCUUAGUGAAAAGCAGGAAACCGAUGUGAAUGCUAAGUCGCCAUCUACAAAUCAUUCACAUGGCCAUUUAGAUUUAUGUUUAUCUUCGACGGAAAAACGAUCGCGAACAAAUUCAACUGCUUCAAUCAAAUCACGACGAAGCAUAAAAGCUGACGAUGCUAUUCGUCCUAUGUAUCAAGAGGAUAUACUCUAUCCGGGUGAUAUACAUAACCUGCCAGAAUACAAAGCACAACCGGAUUCCUCUACUUACAUACAAGAGACAACAAAGGUACCAGAGGCGAAAACACCAAGCCGAAUGAAAGCAUUUUGGGAUACAUUCCUAUCCAUGACUAAUAUACAUGUUUUGAAUGAUAAUAAAAUGCGUAUUAUCUCUUUAGCUAAUAUCUGUUCGAUGAUUGGUUUUUAUAUUCCUUAUUUAUUCAUCGUUAAAACAGCUAUUUAUGAGCGCAAUGUUACUGAGAAAAACGCCGUGUAUCUACUUUCGAUCAUCGGUUUUAGUAACACAAUCUCUCGUUUUACUUCUGGUUGGAUAACGAAAAUUCCGUACAUGUCUCCUUUACUUGUCAAUAAUAUUGGUUUAACCAUUGCUGGUGUGGCGACAUUGUUGGUUCCACUUUGCAGUACAUAUGAACUUCUGAUUGCUUAUUGUAUCGUUUGGGGCGGUGCCAUUGCGUUUCACAUAUCUCUAUCGCCAGUUAUAAUCUGUGAACUCGUUGGUCUUGAAAAAUUCAGCAGUGCUUUGGGCCUGGUAUUUUUGUUUAGAGGUAUUUCUUCAUUGAUUGCUCCACCAGUCAUGGGUGCUAUUCGAGAUUUCACAUCAAGUUUCAACAUACCAUUCAUUAUUAGUGGUAUCAGUUUUCUUAUCAGUGCUCUUAUGCAUUUCAUGCUCAUGUGGAUGACUCGUAAGGAAAAAUCUCGAUCAAAAAAAUCAGAAGUUCAAAAAGCUGUUGAUGUAAAAAAUACAACUGUCUGA